AUGUCAGAUUAUCUAGAUAAAUAUGGUAGUGAUUAUGAAAAACUAUUUGUCAAAUCCCCCUAUUUAAAAGAUAAAAAAAUUUUACAGCAUUUUCAAGAAAUAUACGAUGAUUAUCAGACUUAUAGAAAGAAUAAAAAAGAAUAUGACUUUUUCGAGAAAACACUUAAUAAACCUUGGCAAUUAGCUCGGCAUAAAUUAACCGAUAAGUUAGAUUACCAAAAAAUGGAAUUGAGUGAUAUCCUCGACUAUGUUAAGCAAGAAAAAUCUCGACAAAAAGUAAUAAAAGAAAAUUUUCUAUUCUUAUCUGGUCUUAAUGAGGAAAGGUCACAU